UUGAUUUGUUGUCUCCCCGACCGUUUUCCCUGGUUUCUUUUUGUUUCUCUUUUUCGUGAGAACAAGUUGACAUUCAAGUGAAAAAAGUUCAAUGCCAAAGCUAAAGUCGUGACAAUGCAGUGACGUUCAAUGUCAAGCGAAGAGCUCCGGAUUUUCCAUUGUUGCGUGUUGCCGUGGUAACCCCUAUACAGGUGAAAAGAAAGCGUCUCAUCGCCUUGCACUUCGGACCACUUUCAUGACGUUAUAAACCACAGAAACGACGAAUUUGUCCAUUUCGCCGUCCUACGUGAUCGUCAAAGAACAGCUGUUAUAUUUAACGGGUCGCCAAAGUAUCAGGGAAAAAUGUGUCAACACACAGUUGGUGAGCUUUGCUGACGAUAUUGGCGCAGCUUGUUCGCUGCCACUUCACAGGGAAGAGUCCCACCAUGGAACCUCUGAAGCGUUCAACAGACUGCGGGAAGCCGAACGCUAAGCCAAAGAAAAAGGAACCCUCUACGGUUGGCAACAGUCAAGCCAGUUUGCCAUCACUCUGGCCUGUGCCGUAUUCUCCCUCGGCAUCCUCGCUGCGCAGGAGCCUUUUUGAUCCCGCCACCAUCAUUGCUGUUACAGACUCCCCCGUUCCGGUGGCUCAAGCUGGAUCAAUGAAAGUCUCGACAGAGUCAAGAUGGAAGGAAAGACUAUCAGGAGCAUCUCUAUCAUGCACGGACCUAUCUGAUGAAGCAGCAAAGAGUUUGACAGAUAAAGAUGAAUUCAGAGUCACCAUUAGGGAUUUAUUCAGUCUUCCCGCCAUAAUUGUGGGCGCAUCCUCUGAAAGUUCUUGUUCCGCUGUUGAAGUGCAAUUACCAGAGCUAAAAUGGACAGAAAAGCCCCCAAAGAAGGCCUCUGCAAUAUGCACUAACAUCUCCGUUAAGACUGCUGAUGAAGCGGCACAAAGUUUCACAGAGAAAGACGCAUCAAGAAUCACAAGAAGGGACUUGUUCAAUCUUUCUGCCAUUGGUCCGACCGCUUUCCCUGGAAGCCCUCGUGUUGUGGGAUCACAGAAAGCCACCGCAGAGAUAAAAUGGACCGAAAAACCAAGACAGAAGCCCUUGCUAUCAUGCGCAGACAUUCCUGUCACCGCGACUAAUGAAGCAGCAGCAGCAGCAGCACAGAAGGCGACUCUUGUUGAGAAGGUUCCCAUCACUGGCAUGGAGAUAGUUCAGUUUUUCCUCAAGGAAAGAGAUGUGGGAGAACUAAAGGUGUUUUACUUGAAGGAACAAGAGGGUGACUUGUACAGACCCUAUGACCUGCGAGUGGUCGCAGACAGUGAGGCCGGUUCCGAGCACUACGUCUUCACCGUCAGUACAGUGCUGCACGUUACCCAGAGGGGUUACGGAGGACUUGUUUCUUUGGAUGAGUGGCACAGGGAGUCGGUGCUCUGGACGGCGUUGCGGGCUAUCCCCUUUUUUAGGGAUUUCAUUCUGCGAAAUGCUGUCACUCUGUGGUAUAAAAAUGUGCGUGAGAUUGUUUACAAUCGAAGAUCUGAGGAAGUGCAGGCUCUCCUGCUAACAAAGAUCCCCCAGUACAGAAAUGGCCUCCUCCUCUUAUCCAGAAGGAUAGAAGAACUGAAAGUGACACACUUGCUACCUCUGGAUGAGUCAAAAACAUACACGCUGUCGGAAUUUCAGAAAAGUCUGGUGACCUGUAGGGAAAAGGUUCUAAACAGUCUAAGGCAGCUAUCACAAUUACGCAUCGGCAUCCUUAAUAAGGCCAAAGAGAAGAGUUACAAGGUCCUCAAGGAGCUUCAGGAGCACCUCUCCUAUGCCGAAUUGCCACAUCAUUGUUGCAAACCCGUGCAUCUGCAUCAGGCUCACCUGACUGAGCUGCAGAGGGACUUGGCACACGCCGACAGCAUCCUGCAGAAGCUGGGCAAUUUUGCUGCCCUCGUCAAUCACCUCAUCGUGCAGAGUCUUGUCACCGUCAUCCAGAAAAAUCUCACGCUGUUCCUAAAUAAUGUUCUGAAGAGAGAGUAUUCUCACUGCGGCUGCCUCUUCCAAAUGGACCUGCGUCUUGUUGCCGGUCGGCUGACUCUCGACCCACCUUUACAUUCCUUCCGAGAAACAAUCACACAGGCGCUUCUGACUGCCGGCGAUUCAAUAAGCCAGAUGUGUGACACUUGUGGAUUUUUCCUGGAGAUCAGCAGCGCACACGACUGUCAGGAUGAAACAUUUGACCUCGACUGUAGUCCAUAUGCUGGUGUCAUAGACACUGAAGGUGAGGUAAAGGACGAUGAUGGAAUGCCUGCUCUCCUGCGUUAUAGCUGUUGUCAUUGGAUCAGAGAACAGCGCCCCCUUUGGAAGUCCAUGACGACCGUGCAGGGCCACAAAAUGCCUUACUCAUACUAUCCUCUAUCCAAAGAACAACUUGCCCGGCUGUUAAAACGUUACACGUGGCUACUGGAUGUCCGUGUGUUCAUCAGCCAGUGGAGCCCAGCCUCUUUAGAAAACAUGAAGGGUCAACCCGCUUCACUGUAUCAAGAGCUAAUUACGAAGCUGCGCCAGUGGAUUGAACAAAUGCGCGCUGCCCCCUCGUUUAUCUCUACCUCCAACCAGCUAUUCAUUAUCCACUGCACCCAUAUAAAGGAAAAUAUAGGGCAGCAGUUGAGUUUGAUAGAGAAUGAAGUACAGGAAGAGUUAGUGAAGCAAUUGAAACUAUGCUCGGAGAGCUUUUUGCAGGAUUUGGAGGAAUCUCUUGCAACUCUCAGGACUGAACCCAAAGAUUUGCAUGACUUGCCAAAAUAUGUUGAUGUGGUGUGGAAGUCAAUGAACAUGCUGGCUGAAAUGCAGAAACGUUUGGAGUACAAUUACACCCUCCGGGACAGUAUUUGCAUUCACUAUAGAGAGAUGACCAAUGAGGAGCUGAAUUUGGAGAAAAAGAUGUUGGACAUGUGGGAUUGCUAUAAUUCUCACUUGAAGCAAGCAGAUGGCACCUUGCGUUCCCGCCUUCCCACAGUGGCUACUGCGCUCUCCACAAUGUUCCCAUGGAUGGCUUCCGACUUAAGAAGUAUCGUCUGUAAUGCUACCUCUGGUCUCUUUCUUGAUCCAAGACAAAAUGCCGAACGGUUGGCCUCUGAAUUGAAUUAUAUGAGUUUACGUGUGGGAACUGCCUCCUCCCAUCUGGAGCAGCUGUCCAAGACUGGUGAUAUAUUCGAAGAAAAUCCAGUCGACUUGACCCAUCUGACUGACAUUCCUAAGCUCAUUGCCCGCAAGGAGCUUUGGGACCUCACGGCUCUUUACAGACGAUGUUUACAUGAAUGGAAUACGUUCCUGUUCACUGAGCUUGCGUUAACACAAGCUCAAGAGCAAAUUGUUCACUGGCAGCAGCAAGUUGCAAAGCUAUCACACAUCAUACCCGCUGGUGACGCAGUGCUCCGGGAGACUUCAGAAACCAUUGAUGAUUUAAGUUGUCGGCUGAAAAUCUUGGCCAGGUUUCGGGGCCCAACAAUCAAACCGAAACACCGGACCACUUUUUUCAAAGGCCUUGGCUUAUGGCAUGCCUCCGAUAAAAAUGCAACUCUUGCGCAGCUUAUUUAUCAGCCGUUUGGGCUUCACCAGGAACUGAUCAACAAGAUCUGUAGCGAUGCUCAAAAGGAGAAUUCCAUGGAGCAGACGUUUCAGAAAAUUCAACAGGCCUGGACAAACCGUAUUUUCCAGCUGCAUUACUGUACAGGUCCUUGUUGGCAUCUUGCUGAUCCACAGAUAUUGACAAAGAAUUCCACUUCUGACGCCUCUUGUGAUGCCAAAAUUAUCAUUGGCCUAGAAUUUCUCUUCUCUGAGAUAGAAACGGAUUUGAUGACGAUGACAAACAUGCACAGCUCACGGCACAGUGUCGACUUUAGGUCACAAGUAGAAGAGUGGAUGCACUUGCUCCAAGAGCUUGAGAAGCUGUUGCAUUUGUUUGAGAUCUAUCAGCAAAAAUGGAUCUUCCUGACUAAGAUAUUUCAAGAAAGAACCUUGGGUGUUCAAAGAUGGGAUUUGCUGGCACAAUUCCGAUCAGUUGAUGAGCGUUUCAAGGCCAUGAUGUGUCACAACGCGGCUCACCCCGAUGUGCUGAAUCUUGUCCGUCCCAAAACGGGGAUAGAAACCCACCACGGCGGCAGCCUUUGCGAAAUUCUCCUAAAUGAGAUAUCAACAUUGAAUGCUCUUGCUUGCCAGAUGGCAAAUCGUCUCCAUUCUCGCUGCAAAUUGUUUCCGAGACUCUACUUCUUGAGUGACCGGGAAGAAGUGGAACUACUAUCUUUACAACCAACACCCACCUCUCUGUUACCCUUUGUACGGAAAUUUUUUAAAGGGGUACAGUCGAUGGAUGUGGAGGAAAUAUCUGGAACUGUGGAUGGACAGGAUACACGCGACACACAGACGAGGGUACUUGGGGUCUUCGGCAACUUCCAGGAGCACAUUAUCUUCCUUUCUCCAUUGGAACCGAAUCACAAUCUUUUGAUUUGGCUGAGUACGUUUCAGGAUCAGCUCAAGUUAACCAUGGAACAUCUCCUGAUGCAAUGCGCUGAUGAACGAAAACAAGUCGAGCCAUCAAAUCUAGACGCUUCACAUAAAAACAUUCGUGGACAUGUAUUGCCAGUGCUUGAAAUGACAACUAAAUAUCCUCUCCAGUGUCUUCUUGUCGCAGAGGAGACCGUCUGGUGCAGUGUCCUCAAUCAAGCUUUCCAGGAAUCGAGCACCAUUAAGAUGAGUGCGAUUAAUGAAUUCAACAAGGCACAACUGGCAAAUCUUUGCCGGUCCUUACGGGAUGCUGUUGCAAGAUCGAAAAGCGAUGUACAGCUCUCAAAAUACACAAUGGCGUGCUUGCGUGCUUUAGUGCUCCUUAGAAUUCAACAUGCAGAGCAACUAACUCAACUCAUGCAGGCGCAGUGUCAGCCAGGGUUAUCUUUUGAGUGGCUGAGUUCUCUCAAGUAUUAUGUAAACUCGACGGGUCAGAGUCCAAAAGAAACUGAUGGUCCAAAAUGUUAUGUGGACAUUUUGGGCCGUAAGAUUCCAUAUGGUUAUGAGUAUUUUGGUCCAGAAGAAUUUGGAAUGGUGCAUACUCCCUGCACCGAUCGAGUGAUCAUGGGAAUUCUCCUUGCCGUGACGAGCUACAGAUGUGGAUUUGUGAACGGGCCAUGCUCUUCAGGAAAGACAAAUACAGUGGUCCAUCUCGGGAAAGCAUUGGGGAGAAAUGUCGUGAUGCUGCACUGCUGUCCAAACAUGUCUCCUGAUAUUUUUCAAAAAAUGCUCCUUGGUGCUCUUUUGACAGGGGCAUGGUUUGUUCUGGACUCUGUGGACUUGCUGCCUCAAGGUGUCCAGGCGUCACUGGCACAACAGCUUGAGGACAUUUACCAAUCUUUCUUUGGGUUGUCGGGAAAGAGCAAAGAUGAGGGAAAGAGUGCCUCGGGUUCUAAAAGCGCAUUUCAUUCAGAAUUCUGCAUGGUAUUUUCAGGGAUAAACGUUUCUGCUAGCCUCAACUAUGGAAGUGUUCUCAUAUCAUCAAAGGAAUGCACCUCGGAGCUUUCACAAAGUUUGCGAUUUUCCACAAGACCUGUGGCAUUAACCCGUCCCGAUCACAAGAUCAUUGUGGAGAUAAUGCUGACCUCCUUUGGUUUUAAGGAAGCCAAGUGUUUAAGUCAGCGUCUGGUAUCCCUCAUCAGCCUCAGCAAGGACUCGCUCUGUCUGCCGGUCUUCCUUACACAAAACCAGAGUAGCCACCUUGUCGUUUUGCAAAAUAUCACAUCUGCCUCUCAAAAACUCUUCAAACAAUUUGUCCGGCACGAGAAAUUUUCUGGUAAGGCCAGACGGUCUUUUGUUAUCCAAACUAUUCUUAAAUCUCCAGAAAAUGAACAUGCCGACGAUAUUAAUGAGGCUCAAGAACAAGCCAUUUUCUCUGGCUUAUUGGAGGAAAUAGCUGUUGUCAAAGCGAUUCACUCAGUCUUGUCACCAUUUAUGUAUGUGCCCACCAAAGCCUCACAGUUUAACUCCAUUUUCAAAGAAUUGUUUCCUAUUGCAAGUCAGCUUCCCUUUAUUCAACAAUAUACUCAGGAUGAACCAAACUACGAACUUGAAGAAGCAGUGUCCGAAGAAUUAGAUCAGCUCCAGUUACACUCUAACGCGGAAACUAUUUGCCAGGCUCUGACACUCUACCACACCUUGAGUUUCUCUCGUGCAGUUAUACUUCUUGGACCCAGCGGAAGUGGAAAAACAACCUGUUACAACGCUCUGGCAGCAGGCCUCACUCGACUUGCAAACAAAACCGGUGAAAAUACAUCUGAUGACAACAAGUUCAAAUCGGAUACCCCUCAAGCAAAACUACAGACCUCUUUUUCAAACUGGAUCUCCGUCAACACUGUGGUCCUAUUUCCAAACGCCAUGUCCCAUGAGGAGUUAUUUGGUGGAUUCUGUGAGAAAACCGGAUGGCAAGAUGGAGCUGUGACCAAGGCAUUGAGAGAUUCAGAAAGACACAAGACUGGAAAAUUCGAAAUGUGCAAAACGGAAAUGCCUAGUCAUGAGACCAAAGCAGUGAAAUGGCUGGUCAUGGAUGGAGAGCCACCGGGAAAACCCUGCUGGCUAGAUCACUUAAGCACACUGAGUGACCUUGAGAACCCAUUUUUAAGCGUACCAUCUGGUGAAACUCUCAUACCAUCCCAAUCACUCUUCAAGUUAAUUGUUGAGACCACGGAUUUAAGCGAUGCAAGCCCCUCCGCAGUGACCCGCUGCAGCCUCAUUUACUUUACCGGGACUGACGUUUGGGAUUCCGUGUGGAAGAGCGAAAUGGAUUCUUUCCAUAUUAGUUUCACUCUGAACCAAGCGACCCUGGAAAUGUGGACUCAGCUGUCAGAAGAUCUUUUCUCCAGCACUCUCAGUUUGCUGAAGAAGAACAAUAUUUCUAAUAAAGGUCCACCCUCAACGUACGGCCUGGUAGAAAUCACAUCAUUCAUUCGAAUCCUGCGUGCCCUCUUGGAACAUUUUGCCAAGAAACACAAAAACAAAGACGCCAUCGCUCAAAAAGCAGAUAUGCCUCCAGGCGGAGAUUCUGAUAGAAAUCAAGAUCUUUUUUUGUUGGCUUAUAUUUGGGGUUUUGGUGGGCAUCUCCAUCCUCGACUCUGGCCUCAAUUUGACAUUGUUGCCCGCCAAGUACUUUUGGAUAGUCCAUCUAAAAUUGUGGUUCCCCCCGAAGGGACAGUGUUUGAGUUAUUCUUUAAUAUUGACAACCAGAUAUACUCUAACAACACCUUAUUGACAAAGUCCAUCACUCCAAAGUACUGGAAGUACACCUGUCUGCUCUCCGUCAUGUUGGAAGCCAUCCAGCCUGUGUUGCUUGCAGGAGAGCCAGGUUCAGGAAAAUCGACUGUGUGUAACACCCUGCUGUGUUUUGAUAAGCCACACAUUAAAGUACCAGCUAGUUCUAUACAGGGUCCCGCAGACUUGCGCCAUUUGCUGUGUGGAAUUAGCUACCAGAAGAGCUUUCAAAAAACCAAGGGUGUCAUGACCAAACAGCCAGGCCUGUUACUUUAUGUGGAUGACUUGCAUGAGACACCACGCGAUGUGACUGGGAAGACUUCAAAAAUCUUAGAGACGCUACGACAAAGUGUUUCAAAAGGAGGGGUUCUUGCACUUGAUUCUGACCACUUCAAGGUGCUCAGUCCGGGAGUCAUCACCUACCUGGCUACCUGUUGUGUCUUUGAACUGGACAACCCCCAUGUUAGUGUAAUAUCCUCCAGGCUAUCACGUCUGUUCUCCAUCUUUGCACUUCCAAGCUUAACCACAGAGUUCAUCUUUUCUAUUCAUUCGCCUCAGCUUAAGCUCUGGAUGAGGGAUGUGCCAUUUAUCCCGAAUGUGCUGGGCAUGGUGCGUUCUAUCAUCCAUGCAACAGAGAAUUUGUAUGAAGAUGUUUGCAAGAAUUUCCAGCCCACUAGACAAAGUCCCCAUUUUUUACUCUCCCACCAUGAUCUGAAGAAGGUGUUUGAGGGGAUGUGCUUAUGGCAGCCCAUCCUUCCAAAAACAGAGCCGCUAGACCCAAAGUUAAAAUUGAAAUGUUCCCCGGUCCCUCAAGAGCCUUUAGCCAUGCAGCUCAACAUUGUGCAUCUUUGGAUACACGAGUGCAUGCGUACCUUUGGUGAUCGGAUAAACUCGGAAGACGAAAGGAAUAAACUGCAAUCACUCAUUACCAAGACAGCAACGGCACACUUUACAGCACAAUUGCGAGAUGAUUCCAAACUCGACGACCUCUUCCCUCCCAGCUCCGCUAGGCUCACUGCACGAUUCGGCACCUCAGACACCCGUACGCCCCGAAGUCCAGCACAAGGACCAAAAUCAGUUGCAUCGACAGAAUCGAAUGCCUCAAGUCGGCAAACAAAGUUUCUUCAGCACUUGAUGGAAACGGUGACGAAGCUUACCUAUGGCCCAGAGCUUGUUGGGAAUCAUUUUCCUGUAUUCAAACGUAGCUCUUAUCAGCCACAAGAUCUCAACGUGAUGAUACAGCACCUAUUGGCACACAUUGACUUGAAAGACAAUGAAAUACCAGAAGCCGAGAGGCACUUUGCAUUCAAAUACACGGUGCACAGACAAAGGAUUUGUCAGAUGUUGCAUAUUUUCAGGGCUCUGCUCAUACCUGGAGGUCACGGAUUGCUAAUGGCCUCAGGUAGUGGCACAGGACGUAAGACCACCGUACGUUUGGCGGCCUCUGUUUCAGGCUCCCACCUGAUGGAGGUACACGCUGGUAACGAGAGUGAAUUGAAUAGGAUUUUAAAACAAGCUGGGAAUCGAACCCGGGUUUAUGAAAUUAACACCAUCAUUCUGGUUCAUGAGAAUAUAAGCUCCUCUGUCAGAGAAGAGCUCUUGGUGGCCCUCAGGUCCUACCCGGGGCUGUACACAGACCAGGAGCUGGCCAAGCUUGUUUCAAGGGUGACCGCGGUGUAUAAAACAAAAAGAUUCCUUUUGGACAGCUGGAUUUUUGACAAGUACUUGUGUCAGAACCUCAGAGACGUGCACGUAUUCAUUUUGAUGCCUGCCGUUGUUUCAGCCAACAGUGGAAACAAUGAAUACAAGGCACAAAUGACCAAGGCUUUGGGCCUCUGCUGUGUGGAGAUGUACCAGCCUUGGUUCAAUCAGUCUUUGGCAGAAGUUGCUGCUCACUGCCUGAAAAACAUUUACCACAAUUUGAAAAUACAAGGCUCACAAGAUGGCCUGGCCAUCGCUAUGGCAGGAAUCCACCAGUCUGCAUAUCAAUACGCUUCUGUUCUUCUGAUGGCACAGCCUUUCAGCCCUUACACAUUUAUGGCCUUCAUUUCCCACUUUGGUUACCUCUGCAAAGUUAUGCUCAGUGAAUUGGAGAGCCGAUCCAAAAGACUUAACACUGGUCUGUCUCAUUUGGAUGCACUGGACAACACUGCCAUGAAGUACAAGCAAGAGUUAAUGAGGAUGCAGGGAAUAGUUGCUGAGAUGCAGCAGCGUGUGGAUGAGCUCCUUGGAGCCAUAAAUGACCAGAAGACUUUGCUUCAUAAAGCUGAAAAGAAUUGUGCUAAACAGGAGAGAAAAAUACAAAUCCUGGAAGACCGCAUUGCUGAAUCUGAGAACGAGCUGAGCCCCUUUUUCCAGGCAGCACUCGAUGUGCUCCAUAGUCUGGAUCCGUUAGACCUCGAGGAGGUGCGUCACUACCGAGAUCCACCUGAUGGUGUGGUGCUCGUGAUGGAUGCCGUUCUUUUGCUCUUUGAUCGACCAUCUGGCUGGGCCAAUGCAAAAAAACUCUUUGGACAAUGCAACUUGUAUAAGUGCCUGGAAACAUUUGACUUCUAUAGCCUUACGGACAUACAAAUGCUACAACUUGGUGAGUUAAUUCAAAACCCCCUGUUUGUGCCGGAGUGCAUCCGCGAGGUGAGCAACGCCUGUGAGACUCUCUGCCGCUGGAUCCUUGCUGUCAACAAUUGCGGCUCGAGGAGAUACCAACUGAUGGUCAGAAAGCAGCUUGACUUAAUGCUCGUAAGGGCACAAGAUCAACUUGAGCAGAUCAAAGAAUACAUGGAGGAAAUACACCGUUGCCUCGAAGAGCUCGGUGUUCAGCUCCAGCCGGUGCAGGAAUUGCUGGAUGAGCAACUGGUGCUUCUACACAAAGCUGAGUGCCUGGAGAGAAACGCUGCUAAUGCUGUGAAACUCUUGUUGAAACACACAAGAGUGUGGAGGGCUGAAGCUCAGGAUGCACAGUUGCAGAGACAAUGCUUACCAGGAGACGCCAUGGUCCUGGCCGCCAUCAUCUCAUAUUUAGGCCCCUUUGCAGCUGAUGUACGCACCGAAUUGCUGAGCAAAUGGAGGGUGUUGUGCCAGACAGGAAUUAUCGAUGCAAAUCCCACGGACCCCAGAAGUUCCCUGUUCACGUCCUCUGACCCGGCAACUGCUCAGCUAAUGUCGGGUUUUCCCGUCACUCUGUCCGGGACGCUGCAGCCUCUUCUAUGUCGGGUGUUGGGUGUGAAAGACUGGCUGCCUCAUGAGACGGCGUCCACCAGAUUGGUGGUGAAGCUUAUGCUGUGGGGCUGCAGGAGCAGUUGGGUUAAAUACUGGCCUCUACUGGCUGACACCAAGCAUCAUCUGGAGAUCAAUUCUAAAAAUGGGGUCAUUACAGGCGAAACAGGAGACGAUGUGAGUCUUGGGAAGGAGUUUGAGUGUGACGUCGUGGUUUGUGCUGAUGAUCCAAAGCUCAUGUGCCACUUGGACCUGGCUGCUGAGAAAGGCUUGAAAAUCCUGGUUACUCACAUCGAGCGAGUAUCAGUAAGUCCAGAGUUUCUCGCUACUUUGGCCCGCCCUGCUGCGAGUCGCCCCCCAGGGUCAAAACCUACUGCCCACCAUACCCACCCACAGUUCUGCCUCUUGCUCAGCACCCACUAUCCUGCCCGACUCCUCAGCAGUGCCAUCCAUCCAUCCGUGCUGGCUCAGGUGGAUGUGGUUGACCUCUCGCCAAGCUCAGAUCAGAUCCAGGAACUCAUGCUGACUCAGCUACUGCAGUCGGAGUGCAAAGUGCUGCUGAUUCAACACCUGCGGAUGCAGAAUGACAAGCAGCUGCUGCAGAAGAAGCUGGUGACGGAGGAGGACUCUGUGAUGGACUCAGUCCUGCAGUCCGACACCACACGAAUGCAAGCGCCCGAGUUCCUCACCCAAGUGGCUGAGGUCCAAGAAUCAAUGUCAUACGCCCGGACUGAGUUGCAGCUGGUUGAUGAGAGGAAAGAGUUCCUCGAGCCCCUGCUGGCUGCUCCCCAGCAGUUGAUAAAGCUGGCUUGGCUCUUCUACCAGGCUUUGCAGGAGCUGUCCCGCCUAUCCUCUGCCUAUUACUUUCCAUUAUCCGCCUUUAUGGCAGUGAUGCAGGAAGCCUUCGCUGAGAAGGCGAGUAGGCUUGUGUCAUAUGGCACCGGGAAGGUGAUGGGAGGAGUAAUACCGGAGAUACGGAACAAGAUGGUGGCAAAAUUGAUGUUCUACUAUCGGCCAUGUCUCUUUCGAAGCCACGGUGCUGUUUUCAAGCUGUUGGUGACUUUGGCUGUGAUGCACACCAACCAACUCUGCUCUUUACCGGAGAGGACAGCUUUCUUAUUGGGAUUCAAAGAUAUUCUUGCUCCUCCAGCUCUACAUUCCCCAAAGGACAAUCGAAUAUCCCCUGAGGGUGACUCUGACCUCCUCGUUUUAGAAAGGAUCCCAGACUUCACAGGAUUGACCGCUUCUCUGACCUCCUCGCGCAAGGAGUGGCAAGAUUACCUGCGCUUGCCUUCCGCCGUCAUAACAGAACCGGUUCCCUGCGGAUCUCACCGCCAUUUGUCCUUGAUGCAGCGCGCUCUCCUUUUGAAGACCUUGCACCCGCACUCCACAGAAGAGCUCGCUGAGGCCAUGGCGGCCUGCCAGUUUCGCAUACCUCGCAACCCAUCAGUGCCUCACUGCGGCAACCCAGGGGCUCUUUACAAAUUUCUUGUGGAGCACAAGGGACCCAUCAUUCUAACAUGGCCUUGUCCAUCCAAAGAUAAGUGGACAAGCAUUCAGCCUCUCCACUUAGUGAAGCUCUUGGCCUCCAAGGCCACAGAAACAAAGGAGGUGAAAGUAAUUUUUGCUGGAGGACUUUGUGACCAAGACUUCAUCAUCUACACUCUGGAAAAAACAGUCCGAGACGGUCACUGGUUGGUUUUUAAUAACUGUCACCUGGUGGAGCAUUGGGAUGCUAAACUCGUGGCACGUUUCAAUCAGCUGUUUUCCCCUUUUGGAGCAACAAAGCACAUAAAUAUUCCUCAUCCAGACUUCCGAGUGUGGUUUCUAACUGAAGAAACUACUCAGUCCUUCCUACCCGCAUCAGUGCGAUUGCAUGGCCUGCCUCUGGCUUGUGAUGCCUCCUGGACCGUGAAAGAAGAGUUGAGCUGCUCCUUACAAUAUUUGUCAUCCGUCACUCAGUGUCACUCGGAAAACCUGGCCGACAGCACGCAGCUCCUUCUGCGCUGCACAACUUUCCACUCUGUGUUGGUACAGAGAGAGGCCUACAAAUACUUGGGCCAGGCCAGAAUCUACGGCUGGAGCCAGUCAGAUCUUCUAGCUUUGGCGGACGUACUCAUUUCUUCCGCCAGUCUGUGCCAUGACAAGACAAAAGCUUUGCAGUACAUUGCAGUCCACCUUGUGCAUGGCGGCCAUGUUUUGGAGUCUGUGGAUUCAGAGGUGUUGCAGAACACUGCAGAAACCUGCUUCAACGCUGCACCAAGUCUGGCGAGCGGGCCACACAUGCUCGCCAAUGUCAUCAUCAGCACUGAGCACCGGGAUUUUGACAAAAUCCUGCGAAUACUGCUGCCGCAGCUGCUGCGUGGCGUGGACAUCAGCGAGCCUCUUCUGUUGGGUUUCAGUGCUGAUGUGGAAGCUGAAAUAGUAAAAAUCAACAGUCACAAUCUGAACAAGAUGCUCCAGGCCUCCCAGACUCCUCAAGGGCUCGCCUCAUGUUCUCGCAGCGGACUGGCGAUGCUGCCGGAACUUAGCCAGGCUACAGAGCGUCUGCGCGCGCUGCAGGAUUACCUCACACACCAAAACGAAAUCCGAUCAAGAAACUCCGGAGCUGUUUUCCAGAGUCCCCUUUAUGACUUCCUCCUGGCCGAGUGGCAUGAGCUGAGCGGCUCGGUGUCCUCACUGCUCUCUCGGCUCCAACAGCCACUUCGGUACAUGACGGCGACCUUCCUGUCCCUGCCCACGCUCACUGCAUUGUCGCGCAUGCAGAGACGGGCGGAGCUGCUUAGCGCUUAUCUGUGGCGCGACAACAAUUUGGCACCUCGCGCCGCCUACCGACUGUCUGCUUUUGCCAAUGCCAAGGGCUUUCUGGUGGCACUGAGGAGAAAGGCCGCUCAAGUGCAUCAUAAGUACAUCAGUGAUAUCGCUCUGCAGAUCGAGGUUCGUGACGAUCCAUUAUUCACCCCACGUCCAAAAGAGAUAGUGGACUUGUGUGACCUGGAACUAAGAGGAGCAUCGUGGGACGUGCACAGGACAGCCUUACAAAACUCGCUCUCUCCACAGCCCUGCCCCAUGCCUCUCAUUUGCAUCAGGGCACAAGUGAAAGAUGCACACUUCCCGCGUCCCCCGAGCGCCGAUCAAGUUUAUCAUUGCCCGAUUUAUUUGGAGGAUUUGGACACUGGAGAGGAAGGGCGAGAUGACUUUAGCAUUGUCACAACGGUUCCGCUUCCUAGCGAGUUACAGCCUUCCUUAUGUAGUUUACGGAAGGUUCGGCUAGUGAGCAGGCUUUGUGAUACCGAGGCAACAUGGACAGACACCACUACGAAACAUUCGAAAAGUUCGGCAAUGACACUUUCCUGCUGCACCUGGACAACGGCCGGGCAUUCGGGCGCCACUCCAAAGAUGAGCCAUCCAUCUUGGUGCCAUUAGAGCAGUGUUGCAGAAUCCGUCGUUCCACCUGGCUCCGCCUGCGCCUCCUGUCCCUGCCGCAGUAUCGCCUCAGUGACGUCAUGCGGGCCUCACUUUCCCAAGACCCCCUGCAUGGCGUGG